GAGCCCUGCCCUCCCAACCUCGAGAACCUCUACUUUACUGACUACAAGUGCUCGUCAUCGCUGUAUACCGAACACCGUAUGCGUGACGCCCACCUGUCCUUUAUGUCCGGCCACUCGUCGUUCGCCGCCUAUUGUUUAAUCUAUUUAGUGAUAUAUCUCCAGUUGCGGCUCCGGUGGUCAACGCUAGGCUUUCUUCGGCCCUUAUAUCAGGCGGUGUUGAUCUAUAUAGUGAUAUAUACGGGCUUUUCCCGUAUAUCCGAUUAUAAGCACCACUGGAGUGAUGUGUUGAUUGGUCUGAUUCAGGGAACAGUUGUGGCCAUUUUGACCACCGCUUACAUAUCAGACUUGCCGUACGUGCGGAGCGAUCCGCAGCCACGUUGGAAGAACUGCACGACCGGCACAGACAGUCCCGACUCAUACGGCACUGCGAUCGCCACCGCCACGAGUCCUAAACGCAAUUACGACAGUUGUAGAGUAGAAAUGGAUGAAAACAUAAUUUUGAACCACUUUGGGAUCAAAUAUGGACGUCGGCCACGACUGGCCCGCGUUGUUCACCAGUACAUCAAUGCGUGCGAAGGCGGCGAUCGUCUCGUCGACCAGACGUCGGGCGUCCUCUUCUCUGGUGAUGUCGGCCACCACUUCCAGUGCCUAUCGUUGGAAAUUAUCGGCGUUACGGCCAGUGAUGACCACUUGAGCGCCCAAUUCGGCCAAAUAUUUGGCAACGCCUUCACCGAUACCACUACUGGCGCCCGUAAUGACGGCUACUUUGCCCUUAAAGUCCAAACUAUUGGCCAUUUUCGACUGGUAGAAAUGUUUACUACAAGCAGUUGUUUGUCACUCUUAGUUGUGGUGGUAUGUGUGGGUCGGCUCCGGGCGGACACACCGGCCAACUGUUCAUAUGAGGAGAUUCGCGGCGUUUGGGAGUUCUCGGAGUCCCAGCGAUCGGCCGACCGGUUGGAGAAAUGCGAUGGAUCUCAGCCUCUGGUCAACAAAGUUAGGAUUGAAUUGCAAUAUCCAAACACCGCUGUCGACCACAACGGCAAUAAAGGCACGUGGACUUUGAUCUACAACCAGGGCUUUGAAGUGAUAGUCAACGACAGGAAAUAUUUUGCGUUUUCCGACUACAAAGUUGAGGGCAAUAAAGUGACCUCUAUUUGCGGCAAAACCAAACCCGGUUGGUCUCACGACGUGUUGUCGACCGGGUUAAUUAUUCAUUCACUGAUAACUAAUACCAGGAUCAAUUAUACCAAUACAAUAGGCACGUGGACUUUAAUCUACAACCAGGGCUUCGAAGUGAUAGUCAACGACAGGAAAUAUUUCGCGUUUUCCGACUACAAAGUAGAAGGCGAUAAAGUGACCUCUAUUUGCGGCAAAACCAAACCCGGUUGGUCUCACGACGUGUUGGGCCACAACUGGGCCUGUUAUACGGGCCAAAGGCAGGGCAACAACGCCGAGAAAGUACACUAUAAGGAGGUCGUGGAGGAGGCGUUUAGCGGGCCUUUCGUCCAGCGCUCCGAAGCCAUCGAUGAGAUCAAUUCGGCCCAAAGCCUGUGGACAGCCGGACAUUACCCGGAGUUUGAGGGCAAGUCUGCCUACGAUAUGUAUCUGAUGAGUGGCGGACCCAACUCUCGUGUUUUUAACCGCCCAUCGCCCGCACCCGUCACAGCCGAUGUGGCCGCUCAGGCCAAAGAGUUACCCGAGAACUUUGACUGGCGUAACGUGAACGGGGUCAAUUAUGUCACACCUGUUAGAAAUCAAGGCAAUUGUGGCAGUUGUUACGCCUUCUCAUCCGUCGGUAUGAUUGAGACCAGACUCGCGGUGCAGACAAACAACACAUUAAAGCCGGUGCUGUCGGCACAGGACGCCAACUCGUGCUCCUUCUACGACCAGGGAUGUCAGGGAGGCUUCCCAUACCUCGUGGCCGGCAAAUACGGACAGGACUUCGGUCUGACCACUGAGGAGAACAACCCAUACGUACCCCCACUGGUGACCACAUGCAAAACCAAAGCCAAUGCCCCGCGUUAUUACACCCGUGACUACAACUACGUGGGCGGCUAUUACGGCGCCUGCAAUGAGGAGUUGAUGCGUUUGGCGCUCUAUAGGGACGGACCGCUGGCCGUGUCCUUCAAAGUGCAGUCAGAUUUCAGGUCUUACAAGACUGGUAUCUAUAGCCACACCAAAGUCAGUCAUGAAGAGGCAAAUGGCGAGUUCAACCCUUUCUAUGAGUUAGACCACGCGGUGCUGGCCGUCGGUUAUGGUGUGGAAAAUGGCCACAAGUAUUGGAUCGUUAAGAAUAGUUGGGGCCCCACUUGGGGUGAUAACGGCUACUUUAAGAUUAGUCGGGGUAAUAACGAGUGCGGUAUUGAGAGCAUUGCCGUCGAAGCGCAUCCCAUCAUAUCCAUUGAUGAGGUCCGGGCCCUGGAAUUUCUUAUGUAUAAUCGGCUUUUAUUUAUAUGUUUGCAAAGUGUUGGGCCCACGGCUUAUGAAAAACAGGCCCGCAUUUUAUCGAUCACUAAUUACGGUAUCGACACCUGGAUGUGUCCCAAACAUCCCAUAUCAGAUGAGAGAAACAGGGAAUCAAUAUUCUUGGGAUGGAUUCUUCUGAUGUCACGUUUGGUGGAACUAAUGGACACAAUAUUCUUCAUUUUGCGCAAA